AUGCCAAACCGUCAUUCUAAGCAUGAGGAGGACCCCUAUGGAAGCAAUUUGGAAAUACUUGACGCUAGCCCGGCCUCUAAUAACGACGAUGGCGACGAUGAAUCUCGCCAAAGGCAGACAGUGCGUCAACCCGAUCUGGGAUAUGCUUCGCCGCGUGAGACGGCAGACCGACUGAGUGACACGGAGGAUUCCGAAUCGCUGCAGUUGGCGAUGGAAAUGUCAAUGGGUUUGGACGAGGACUCCAAAGGCCCUCGGAGGAAGAUUCCGAAAACGAGCACUCUAGGGGAGGCCGAGGCAAGCGUGCUCUGGCAGAACGAGGAGGUCUUCGGGAUGGCGCGGAAGAUGGUCCGGGCGGGGCUUUCGAUGGAGGACGUGGUGGAGAUGUGGGAGGCGGCUAUCGAUCCGGUUGACUUGGUGAGGGAGAUGAAGGAGAAGGAGGCGCUGAAGGCUGAGGCCGAUCGUGGUGGAGCUCAAGUGCAUCGCGGAUCCGACCCAUCUCAGCCGCACCCCAGUCCCAGAUCGCCCGAGUGGGAGUCUUACGAUGAGGAUGAGUGGAAUACAGCGAUCGAAGGACUCGAUGUCGACGAAGAGCACUGGACGGACAAGCCGGGGCCUUCGUACAAGAAGCCGGCAGUGCCGAUUUCGGAAGCGAGUUUCGUCCGCGCGAUGAAGGAUUCAGAUGCAGGUAGUAAGCCGUACUUUAAAAGAGGUGAUGUACUGCGGAUCAUCGGCCAUAGGAGAAGACGGGAUCAACAUUUCGAGCUGCUUCCUCUCAAAUCGCCCGGUGAAGCGGGACGCGCGCUGAGGAGCGAUUUUGAAGCGGUCGAUCAAGGGGAUGUGGAUGUGGUGGGAAAAGAGGCGAUGACGGAGAAGGAGAAAGACUGUUUUAGGUGUGCGGUGGAGUGGGAGGAUUGA